UUCAUUUCAACAAAUCCGAGACUCACCUGACACCACUUUUUGCAGCGUAUGCGAUGGCAUUAACUGGAAAGAUACCAAUGCGUUGUUGGCGGAAGGUUCGCCACUUGCCUUUGUGAUGUAGUGUAAGUUGUGUGCUUUUAGGACGCUGCAUCUGCAUUGCAGAUAAACCGUAGAAAGGACGGGAAGAUAAGUUACUAUGCAUAAGCAAGACGAGUUGUUUCUGAUCCCUCGUAGCAAUACAAGGAGACACCAGGACCCUCAUAAACAUUCCCUUUAUCUGUCAUCCGGAAUCACCUGCAGAUAAACGACCCAGAUAACCUGCUCAAUCAGCUGCAACCCCCUGUGGACAGCUGUCUCUCUCGACUGAUGGAAAACUGUCACUAUCUGCUGAAUAGAGGAGAGAGAGAGAGGAGCAACGUCAACAGUAGAAGAAGCAGGAACCAGCAGCAGCAGUGACGGCUAAGGGAUCUAUUGUUCCCUUGUGUUAGGCAGUUUUUAUUCUUCUCAACUGACAAUCAGCACCAGAAGCUGAGAGAGGUGACUUACGACACCAUUCAUGAAGGAAUACUAAUCUCACCCCGUCUCCCAGAAAAAUAAAUAUACUUUUCCACAAAGGCUUUCCCGUUUAUCUGGUGGAUUAAAGCAUCCAGCUUGAGGUAUGGGGCUGAGAGGGAGAGGUACAUUCUUAUUUAGUGGUCCAAAGGGGACUGCUCCAUCAGCCCAUUGCGUGUGGAUGGUUAUGCUCCUGUUUGGAAUCUGGGGUGCUCAAGCACAGCCUGAAAGAGACACUAAAUCUACAUAUGUCUGGAAAACAGGUCCCUGGGGAAGAUGCAUGGGGAGUGAAUGUGGUCUGGGGGGCAGCCAAAGCAGGGCAGUAUGGUGUGCCCACAUAGAAGGAUGGACAACUUUACAUGCAAACUGUCUGCAGACUGAAAGACCUGACAACCAGCAAAGUUGUUUUAGGGUAUGUGACUGGCACAAGGAGUUAUAUGAUUGGCAACUUGGGGACUGGGAUCAGUGCCAACCUGUGGCAUUAAGGAACUCUGGAUCAUACAAGCGUCCGGAGUGCACAAAAGGAGAGGAGGGGCUUCAGACUAGGGAUGUGUCCUGUGUCCAAAAAUCAAAUGGGGCGCCUGCUGAGGAUGUGAUUUGUGAAUACUUUGAACCAAAGCCUCGUCUUGAGCAGGCUUGUCUCAUCCCUUGCCCACAGGACUGUGUUGUCUCUGAGUUCUCCUCAUGGUCCAAGUGCUCUAAGACAUGUGGCAGGGGGUUAGAACAUCGAAUUCGGAGUGUUUUGACCCCACCACUUUUUGGGGGUUCAGUUUGUCCCAACCUGACAGAAUUCCAGCCUUGUCAAUUCAGUGCCUGCGAGUCAGAGGAGAGUAUGUACAGCUUGAAAGUAGGUCCCUGGAGCAACUGCUCCUUGCCCCACUCAAGACAGGCACGGCAGGCUGGGCAGCGAAGGAAGAACAAAGGCAAAGAAAAGGGAGUUAAGGACCCAGAAACAAGAGAGCUCAUCAAGAAAAAGAGAAACCGAAAUCGGCAAAACAGGCAAGACAGCAAGUUCUGGGACGUGCAGAUUGGAUACCAGACACGACAGGUUAUCUGCACACAUAAAAAUGGGAAACUUGCUGCUCUGAACCUCUGCACUCAAGAAAAACUUCCAGUCACCUUUCAGUCCUGUAUCAUGACCAAGGAUUGUGAAGUGACCGAGUGGUCUGAGUGGGGUCCUUGUUCUAAGGACUGCUAUGACUUGAACUCUCCCAAGGGUGCCCGGACCAGGACAAGAAGAAUAAAGCAGUUUCCUUUGGGCGGUGGUGCAGAGUGCCCAGAACUGGAGGAACAAGAACAGUGUGCCCCUCAAGGCGACGGUGUCCCACCUUGUGCUUCGUAUGCAUGGAGAACUACAGAGUGGAGUGAAUGCCGUGUGGACACUUUACUCAGUCAGCAGGAUCGAAGAAGAGGGAAUCAAACAGGCCUUUGUGGAGGAGGAUUACAAACUAGAGAAGUGUACUGUGUCCAAGGGAAUGAGGAUCUUCUCUCUUACCUGAACACACUUAAAGAAAAGGAAGAAAGUCAGUCUCAAAGCAAGCAGAAGCCUAGUGUUGCACCACUUCUGUCAAUCACUUUUGAAAUAACAGCAUCCAAACCUGUGGACACUAAGCUGUGUACAAGCCCUGUACAAAAUACCAGCAAGCUGUGUCACAUUGUCUGCCCCAUAGAAUGUGAAGUCUCUUCGUGGACAGCUUGGGGGCCCUGCACUUAUGAAAACUGUGAAGACCAAGUGGGGAAAAAAGGUUUUAAAUUGAGGAAAAGGCGAAUCAUAAACGAGCCUACAGGAGGAACUGGAAACUGUCCCCAUCUCACUGAAGCAAUACCGUGCGACGAGCCGACAUGCUAUGACUGGCAGCUGGUUAGAUUAGGAGAGUGCACACCUGACAAUGAGAAGAAGUGUGGUCCUGGCACACAGAUCCCAGAAGUGGAAUGUGUCAACAGUGAUGGAGAGGAGGUAGACAGACAGCUGUGUGGAGAUGCCAUCUAUCCCACUCCUAUUGUCUGUGAAGUCCCAUGCCCAAAGGACUGUGUGCUCAGCGCAUGGUCAAAAUGGUCCUCAUGCUCUCACACCUGCUCAGGAAAAACCACUGAAGGGAAACAGACACGGGCUCGCUCUAUUUUGGCAUAUGCAGGUGAAGGGGGAGUUCAGUGCCCGAAUAGCAGCACUCUCCAUGAAGUGCGCGGCUGUAAUGACCACCCCUGCACUGUCUAUCACUGGCAAACUGGGACCUGGGGCCAGUGCAUAGAGGACCCAUCAGUAUCAACUAUUAAUUCUACCACCAGCCGGAGCGGUGAACUGACCUGCUCAAUCGGAAUGCAGACAAGAAAAGUCAUCUGUGUGAGGGUCAACGUGGGACAGGUGCCACCAAAGAAGUGUCCUGAGAGUCUUCGGCCUGAGACAGUGAGACCUUGUCUGUUGCCAUGCAAGAAGGAUUGUAUUGUAACACCUUAUAGUGACUGGACUCCCUGCCCAUCAUCAUGUCAAGAAGGGGAUCAUUCAUUAAAGAAACAGUCCCGUAAUCGUGUCAUCAUUCAACUGCCAGCAAAUGGUGGCCAGGAUUGCCCUGAAGUACUGUACGAAGAGAAGAAGUGUGAGACCUCAUCCGUGUGCCCUGAUUUCAGAUGGAAGACACAUAAAUGGCGUCGCUGUCAGUUAGUGCCAUGGUACGUACGUCAAGACAGUCCCGGAACUCAUGAGACCUGUGGACCAGGACUGCAAACAAGAGCAAUAUCCUGUCGCAAGCAAGAUGGUGGACAGGGUGACAUUGGCGAGUGCUUGAAGAAUGCCGGAUCUAUGCCUUCUAUAACUCAGCCAUGCCAACUGCCUUGCCAGGAUGACUGCCAGUUAACCAACUGGUCCAAGUUUUCUUCAUGUAGUGCAGAUUGUGCAGGAGUUAGAACCAGAAAACGAGUACUUGUUGGGAAAAGCAAGAAGAGAGAGAAAUGCAGGAACAACCAAAUGUUCCCCCUCACUGAAACCCAGUACUGCCCUUGUGAUAAGUACAAUGCCCAUCCAGUGGGGAACUGGUCUGACUGCAUUCUGCCAGAUGGGAAGGUGGAGGGCAUCCUAGGAAUGAAGGUCCUGGGGGACAUCAAGGAGUGUGGACAGGGCUAUCGCAGCCAGGCCAUGGUCUGCUAUGAUCAGAAUAACCGCAUUGUGGAAACAUCUCGGUGUAACAGCCACGGCUACAUUGAAGAGGCCUGUAUCAUCCCCUGCCCCUCAGACUGUAAACUUAGCGAAUGGUCCAACUGGUCACGCUGCAGUAAGUCUUGUGGAAGUGGCGUCAAAGUACGCUCUAAAUGGCUCCGUGAAAAACCUUACAAUGGAGGAAGACCAUGCCCUAAACUGGACCACGUCAAUCAGGCCCAGGUGUAUGAAGUGGUCCCGUGCCAUAGUGACUGCAGUCAGUAUGUCUGGGCAGCUGAACCAUGGAGUGUGUGGAGAGUCAGCUAUGUUGAUCUAAAGGAGAACUGUGGAGAAGGUGUACAGACAAGGAAAGUCAGAUGUAUGCAAAAUACCAUAGAUGGGCCCUCGGACCCAGUAGAAGAUUAUCUCUGUGACCCUGAAGACAUGCCUCUGGGUGCCAGAGAGAGCAAGCUGCCUUGUCCUGAAGACUGUGUUUUAUCUGACUGGGCACCAUGGAGUCGAUGUCCUUUGCCCUGUAGUGGAAAUAGCAAACGUGAACGAUCUGCGUAUCCCAUAAGGCAACCAGGAGAAGGAAAAGAUUGUCCCAGUUUCACAGAAACCGAGGCAUGCAGUCUGAACAAGAACUGCUACCACUACACAUACAACGUCACAGACUGGAGUACCUGUCAACUGAGUGAGAAAGCUGUCUGUGGCAAUGGUAUUAAAACACGGAUGUUAGACUGUGUUCGAAGUGAUGGCAAGUCUGUCGAUAUCGAGUACUGCAAAGAGCUUGGUUUGGAGACAAACUGGCAAAUGAACUUGUCCUGUGUUGUGGAAUGUCCUGUGAACUGCCAGCUCACUGACUGGGCUGCCUGGUCAGAAUGCUCUGAGUCCUGUGGCCUAUUAGGGAAAAUGUGGCGUAAGAGAACAGUGAUUCAGCCUUCUCAAGGGGACGGCAGGCCAUGUCCUACACAGAUGGAGCAGUGGAAACCCUGUCCAGUCAAACCCUGCUACAGAUGGCAGUAUAGUCGGUGGUCUGAAUGCAAAGUUGAGGAUGCACAGUGUGGAGAAGGUGUGAGGUUCCGGAACAUCUCAUGUUUUGUGUUUGAUGGCUCCAAGGAAGAUAAUGGAAGCAUAGUAGAUGAGGAGCUUUGUGAAAAGGUGGAGCCUUCUGUAGAUGGAGACAAAGACAUUAUACUCGAAGAGAGGUGUGCUGUCCCAUGUCCAGGUGAUUGCUACUUGACCGACUGGACAGAAUGGAGCCCCUGCCAGGUCAGCUGUGUAAAUGGAGAAAUCCUGGACUUUGGUGCAGUACAGGUUCGUUCCAGGGCAGUAAUAGCUCAAGAGCAGGAUAAUCAACAGCAGUGUCCAGAACAAAUGUGGGAAUCCCGGUCUUGUGCGGAUGGCGAAUGCUAUGAAUACAAGUGGAUGACAGGCCCCUGGAGAGGGUCUUCUCGGUCAGUUUGGUGCCAACGGUCUGACGGAUUAAACAUAACAGGUGGCUGUCCUUUAACAAGCCAGCCUGUGUCUGACAGGUCCUGUGAUCCACCUUGCAAUAAACCUCAAUCCUACUGCACUGAGCUUGGAGUUUGUGGCUGUGAGGUGGGUUUUACUGAAGUGAUGACGUCAGAUGGCAUGCUUGAUCAGUGCACCCUGAUUCCAGUACUUGAGGUGCCAACAGUGGGGGACAAAAAGGCAGAUGUGAAGACAAGCCGAGCUAUCAAUCCCACCCAACCAUCCACCAACCAGCCAGGGCGUGGAGGUAGAACCUGGUUCUUGCAGCCUUUUGGACAAGAUGGGAAACUGAAGACAUGGGUUUAUGGUGUAGCUGCUGGAGCAUUUGUGCUACUCAUCUUUAUAGUCUCUAUGAUUUAUCUAGCUUGCAAAAAGCCAAAGAAACCCCAGAGAAGGCAAAACAACAGACUGAAACCUUUGACACUGGCUUACGAUGGUGAUGCUGACAUGUAGGCUUCUCAGCAAACACACAAUCUAUGGAGUGAAAACCCAGCGUGUCUAUCACAGCACUGCUGUGUCAAGACAUGUCCCGUCCUUACUGGAUUUGAAAGCUGUCUUGCAUUAUCAAGGCAGGUCUUUGGAAAGCAUGUAAACUAACAAAAAAAUUUUAAAAAAAUAUGAACUGACUGGAAUGAAUGUUCAAAAGAUUAUACAAGUGCGCAGUUUGAAGAAAAUCCUCAUUCAGCAGUAGCCUGUUAUAAAAACAAAACAAACAAAAAAAAAACAUUCUAACAAAAAAACUAAGCUUUUUUUUGCGCUUUUUCUUUUUUUUUUGCUGCACAAAAGCCUUCACAACCUUUACAGACUAAAAUAAAACUGCCUUUGCUGUACAGCUGUGUAUGCUAUCUAUACUAUGUUUUCUACACAAAGGUUACUGCAGCAGAGUUAGUUGGAGGACUCCAUUUUUUCCAUUGCAGUUCCAACACAUUUCUACAGCCCUACCUUAUAAAAUUCCAAGGCACAUUUUCAAUUUGGUUGAUUCCCUGCAGCUCAUGUUUUUUUGGGUUUUUUUUUUGGUAGAUAUACUGGUAUCUAUCUACAACUAAUCAACAUUCAUUAAAACCAUCUUAAAUCUGUUGGACUCCUGCCUGCAACCUUUUGCUACACUAUGUUAGUGCAGCAUGAUAUGCACUUACAUCUAGUACUGCCAUAGAAAACCGCCUCUUUCAAUGCAGGGUGACGUAGCGUCUUGUGCUUGAAGUUUAAAAGACAUUUCCCAGAAGGAGCAAACCAAUGUGUAUCUAUUAAUUUAAGAGUAGAGUUCAGUUCUGUAAUGUGACAUGAAAAAAUAAAUAACUAAAAAAUUAGUGGAUAUGUGUAUAUAAUCGUUCUUGUCACAAUAGCAAUUUUAUAAAACCAGUAACCUUUGUGGUCUGUACAGUUGCAGUAUUAUAAGUGUGUAGUUUUCUGCCCGACUAACUUUAAAUACGUAAUUUCCGCAAUGGUUUCUAAUACUGUGAUUUUGAAGGCUGUUUACAACUUGUUGUUUUGUAUUUGUUUUCUAUGAUGCCGAAAUAUUUACGGAUCAGUUUGCGCGUGUUAGCUGAUUCCACAUUUAGAUGACAUUGUGUGCUAAGGGAUCAACACAUGUUAAAUAACUAAAGCUACCUAAUCACUGGAGCACAAGUGUAGAUGCUUACUUCAUAUAAAGAUCAUUAGCAUCUGCUCUAUCUGGCACGGAACAAGAAAACAUUGUAGACACACAAAGCUUGUGGAGCUUACAAACCGCCAUUACAUUGUAAACAAAUACCCAUUGUAAUUGCUUCUGAAGUAUCAUAUACCUGUCACACCUGUAGAUACUGAGCCUUAUUACUGAGUAAACUUAAAAUUCAUUUAGAAGAAACCAAUUAUAUCUGCUGCAGGUUGGUAUAAGGAGAUAUAAUGGUCUUCUACAGGGGAGUUCUUUUCAUAAAAUGUGCAAUAUCAAGGUUGAAAUUUAGCAGAACAUUUUGGACAGCAAAGAGGUAUGACACAUUUAGAAUCAUUAUCGUUUAUAUCCUA